GACACACACAUGUUAAUUACACCCAAAUAAAAUUCUAAGCGAGAAAUAUGUUUCAAAACAUAAGUUUCACGUUUUUGUGCGCCUUAGCAUUUAUUUCGUGGACGGUUUUAUGUUAUUUGCAUGUCGUUGAAGAACAGAAGAAAUCGGAUGACUAUAAAGUAGAAAUUUAUACAGAACGUUCCCAUUUUGCUGAUUUACCCCAGUAUUGUCCAAUUAAGUCAACCGAGGCAAACUUUAUAAGUCGUGCAUAUGAAUUGCUAUUAAGCUAUGGAUUAAUCCUUGCCACAACUGUGGUGCUGUCCAAGAUAUUGCAGUUGUUAGAGCUAGAGGCAAUAUCUUAUCUGCAAAGGGAGGCUGCAAAUCUUGCGGUUCAAGAAUCGUUUCCCAUGAUUGGAGAACGGCCCGAGGCCGAGAACGAUCUAAAGACAACAGGAUUAGACAAUCAUGUUGAGAUGCCGCCUCCAUAUUUGCAGGACAAUUUAGAGCUGAGAGAGCAAUUGGAUGACUUGCAGGCACGCUGCCGUGAACUUCUUCAAGAACUUCGCGCUGUCAACAGCAGCACCACUAGCAAUGACAAUGAUCUAGACUGCAAUCCAUCCAAGAGCAGUUUAAGCAGCUCUGACAUGUCAACAUCCACCGAUAACCUUCACUAUGAUGAUGAAAACUCCAGUGUAAUAAUGUGGAAGCGACCUACUCAGAUAUCAUCUAGUGGACUUUCUGUAAUGCAUUCCUAUGACGAAGUAACUUCAUCUGUAACGGCACAGAAUGUAUAUGUUACUCACAGUCACAUCCACAUUAACUUCAAUGGACCGGUGCGACUAUCGCAACAGAAUAUAAAUGUUGGAACCUUACGCCUGAAAGAUAUGCCCAAAAACAGCGAAUUUCGACAGGUUUGGGGUAAAUAUUUAAAAGGUCCCAAUGAGAUACCCAUGCUAACUGGAAUCAAUAACAUCUUAAUGUAAAAACACAACAUAUGAACUAUAUUAAAGCGCACAAAUUAAAAAAAAAA